UUCAGCGCGGACUGCAGCGACGCAAACAAACUUGUUCCCAGCAGUGUUCGGUUCACUCCGGACGCCAUUCCAGCGUCGACGCUUCUAAACUUUUUUUUUUUUGACCAUGAGUGUCGUGGCCUCUGACACCGCGUUCUUCUCCGCUCUACAGCCCAGCACCUCGGUCACCACCUACGGACUUCCGUCUGACAGCCAGCUGGAGAAUGGAGGCUCCGUGUCGGACGAGAUGGCGCGGUCGGUGCGCGUCCAGCAGCAGGUCAAAAUGAGACUGGCGGAGAAGUCCACACUUCCGCGACAGAAUGGAUCGGCGUCACAUUACGCCAUGUCAGAUUACGGCGGUUCUUCGACAAUGAAAUAUCAAAGCUACAAUCCAGGUUAUAGCUCAAAGUCGUCCUACAUGUACACAGGCUCCAAAACAAUGGGCCCGCGUGUGUCUCAGAGGACUAAUUACAGCUGCCAGUCUGCUGGCCCGGAUCUGGCCCAGCUCCACCAUAUCAGUGUUGGAGGUGGUGGUGUAGCUGGUGGUGGUGGUGGUGGUGGCGGCGGCGGCGGUUUUUACAGAGAAGACAUGCGCAUGGGCGGCUACCAAGGGGGGACCACCGGACGUCAGAGCCGACUGGACUCAGACUACUCUAUACAUUCGAUGCGACAGCAGGCCGUACCCGUGAAUCCAUGGGUGAUCGAUAACAGCGAUGCCGGCAGCUUACUCUCUGACCGUGAUGCCGCCUACGGCCGCCAGUAUGCCCAGAGCGCAGUCAAUGGCUACUCCACCCAAAUAAGGCAAGGUGGAGGUGCUAUGACCCUAGUACCGACCAUGCAACGCUCUCUCAGUAGCACUCUUUCCCGUGGUGGCGGGAUGACGGCAGGAGACGUAGAAAUGAUCCAGCAACAUUCCUUCAAAGGCCCGGCUCACCGCACGAUCAGCAGGAUCACAAACCGUAACCGGAUGCCUGGGAGCGGCUACGUUCGAGGGGGGGACACAGUGGACAGAGGGUUCAUCACAUGCGGAGUGUCCUCUGGCUCCCAGGGGAACUUGCAGCGCCUGGGCACCAUUUCCCGCGCAAUGUCCACCAAAAGCAUGCAAAGUGUCGGCAGGGGCGGGGACAUCUACAUGGGGCAGAUGGAGAGAGGAAUGAGCAUCGGCAACCUCAGCGGGAUCAAUUCCUUGGACAUGCCCACAGCUGUGCAACACCUGAGGGAGCCCGACCACGAUCUGCAGGUCCUGGGCGCAGCCUACAUUCAACACGAGUGUUACAAUGACAGCGAUGCCAAACAGGAGGUGCGUCGCCUGAAAGGCAUUGGUGAUCUGGUGAAGCUGUUCAACAGCGACAGCCAGGAAGUGCAGCGCUACGCCACCGGUGCCGCGCGUAACCUCAUCUAUGAGAACAUGGACAAUAAAGUGGCCCUGAUCGAGGAGGACGGCAUCUCACAGUUGAUCGAGGCACUUAAGGACUCGGACGACGAGCUCCACAAAAACAUCACAGGCAUCCUGUGGAACCUUUCAUCCAAGGACAAUCUGAAGCAGAAACUGGCCAGGGAAACGCUUCCUGAUCUGACUGAGAAGAUCCUCAUCCCUCUGUCUGGCAGUGGAGACUCUGAGGACCUCCAUCAGUCCGCCUCUCAGUCAGAAAUCUUCUACAACACCACAGGAUGCCUUAGGAACCUAAGCUCUGUGAACGAGAAGACCCGUCAGCAAAUGAGAGAGACACACGGACUGGUGGACUCUUUAGUCAACUACAUCAAGGCCUCCCUUGAACAGAACAAGGCAGAAGACAAGGGGGUGGAAAAUGCAGUGUGUGUCUUGAGGAACCUCUCCUACCAACUCUACUCUGAGAUGCCUCCAUCUGCUAUGAUGCGCUUGGAAGGACCAACCAGAGAUCAGGACUCGGGGAAGGGUGACGCCAUUGGUUGCUUCACGCCCCAGAGCAGGAAAGCCAAAAAUAGCAAGAACCAGGAUCUCUCCACUUUCACCGAGGUCGCUCGAGUGCCAAAGGGUACGGAGUGGUUGUGGCACCCUCAGAUCGUCGGGUUAUACAACCGCUUGCUGCGUCAGUGUGAAAUUAACUCCACCACCCGUGAAGCGGCCGCUGGAGCUCUGCAGAACAUCACCGCCGGCGAUAAGAGAUGGGCGUCAGUUCUGAGCCGUGUGGCUCUGGAGCAGGAGCGCGUUCUGCCUGUGGUGCUGGACCUGAUGCGUACCAACAGUGACCUGGAGAUGCGUUCCCUCACAGGCUUCCUCAGAAACCUCUCCCGCCACACCAGAGACAAGGGAGACAUGGCAACAAAGGUGGUAAACAACCUGGUGACUAAACUGCCAGUGGAUGGACACCAGAAGGAGCCCUCCAGUGACGUGGUGGUCAACAUCUGUGGUGUUCUCAACAACUUGGUGACCAGCAGCUCUUUAGCUGCCAGAGACAUCAACUACUUUGGCGGACUAACGAAACUGGUCGGCAUUAAGAACUCAGGUGACAGCAGCCCUGGGAGGAUGAAAGCAGCGAAAGCAGCAGCCACAGUUCUCAGCAACAUGUUCCAGUACAAGAAGCUGCACAAACAGUACAAACAGAAUGGGUUUACAAGAGUGGAUUUUGCAGAUACUACGAUGUAAAAUGAUGGUAUUGUAGUUCUCUUCUAUAACAGCAAUCAUCCUGCACACUGCCAGCACCUGACAGGACAAAUCUCUUCAGGUGUGCAGGGGCACAUAGACUAUUCAUACUAUUCAAAGGUAACUAAUCCUAAUCUGCCAUAAUUUGUAAUAAGAACAUAGACACACAUGUCAUAGAGGAUGCACUCGAUGGAGAAUGUUUUUUUUUUUUAUUUACAACUCGAUGGACAUCUGCAAGAAUUGUGGUUCAGCGAAGUUGGACUAAUAAUAGACUCUUGAUACAGAUAAGUGCACCAGGGAUUUAUUCUUUUUUCAAAAACAUGUAUCCACAUAAAUCCGCAUCUGUUAUUCUGCCAUUCAUAAACAUUGUCCGGUUAAUGGACAGUAUGGUGCCUUAUGAUUGUCUCUUAAUUCACUGCAUUAAUGCAACAGCGUUGGUACUGACAUGGCUGGUUUUUGUAAAUAUUGUUUUCUCUUUUUCAUAGAAAAUCAAAUUGAAUGUUUAAUAUACUGUAGCUCUGUACUUUUUGUAGUUUCGGAUAACUAAAUGUGUUUAUAAGUGGAAAAGAUUAUAAUAUGUAGUCAAAACUGACUGUAUACAGAGGAGAUAUUUAGAAAUACUGGUAAUCUGGAUUAUAAUUUGAUAUAUAGAUUUUGGGAUAAAUAUUCUGCCUCCAAAGUUAACUUUUGUAUUUACUUGUGGGUUUUUCUAAGUUGCAUCAUCUGUUUCUGUAUUUAGCACUCACCUUAACUCAUAAAACACAGUUGGAAUUGGACAACUGUUUAUUCUUCGACAUGCCUCAUGUUUGUGUAAUGUAUUAUAGUGUGUGUGAAACACCGGGGUGAAAGAAUAUGGUCUGAACGUUGUUGUCAAAACAAAUGCAAUAUUUGUUUUGUAUUUGAGGCCAAUUGCAACAUUGAACAGGUGGCAAGUUGAACACUUUUGAAUUUACUUGUGUCAUUUAUAACAUCAGUGUGUCUGUGUUAGUGCUUUCAAUGAAAUUGUAUUUUAUAUUUGCCUUUGUUUUGUAUAAAGGAAAUAUAUCAUCUGGAUUUUUUUCAGCUAAUAAAGAGAAAUGUCAUUCCUUCAACAUUU